UCCAGGUGAUGUUGCAGUAAAGAUGGACUCUACCAAAAAGUGGUUAUGACUGUCAUUCCGUCAUUACCCGCUCUGCUGCGUUUCGGGGGGUUUGGAGGGCAGUUCGUUUUUUUUUUUCGUUGGAAGAGAGGAGCUACAAACCUCUAAAAUGAAACCCUCCACGAUCUCGAGAAUUUGAACCGCAACUGGGAAUAAAUAAUUCAUUCAGUCAUGGCCGGACUGAUCAAGAAACAGAUCCUCAAACAUCUAUCCAGGUUUGCCAAGAACCUCUCCCCGGACAAGAUCAAUCUGAGCACGCUCAAGGGGGAGGGUCAGCUGACCAACCUGGAGCUGGAUGAGGAGGUGCUACAGAACAUGCUGGACCUGCCCACCUGGCUGGCCAUCAACAAGGUGGGCUGCAACAAGGCAGCCAUUCGGAUACCCUGGACCAAGCUGAAAACGCACCCCAUCUCACUGUCGCUCGACAAAGUGGUGAUGGAGAUGAGCACCUGCGACGAGCCACGCCCGCCCAACGGCCCGUCUCCCAUAGCGACCGCCUCGGGUCAAAGCGAGUACGGCUUCGCCGAGAAGGUGGUGGAGGGCAUCUCCCUGUCCAUCGGCUCCAUCGUCAUCCGCAUCAGUGCCAAGGCCUUCAACGCCUCCUUCGAGCUCUCCCAGCUGCAGGUGUACAGCGUCAACACCAGCUGGAUGGCCAGCGACCUGCGCUUCACCCGCAUCCAGGACCCGCAGCGGGGAGAGAUCCUCACCUUUAAGGAGAUCAGCUGGCAGAUGAUCCGCAUCGAGGCGGACGCCAUCCAGAGCGGGGACCACGAGGUGCUGAGCGCCCCCAUCCGACUCAUCACCAACCAGUCCAAGAUCCGGGUCACCCUCAAGAGACGGAUAAAAGACUGCAACGUGGUGGCCUCCAAGCUGGUUCUGAUUCUGGACGACCUGCUGUGGGUUCUGACGGACUCCCAGCUGAAGGCCAUGGUCCAGUACGCCAAGUCCCUGAGCGAGGCCAUGGAGAAGUCCGCCCAGCAGAGGAAGAGCACGGCCUCGGAGACCUCCCAGGGGGCAGUGGCGCCGCCCUCCUCGCAGCAGGUGCGCGCGCAGCAGACGGCGGUGGCGGCCGAUCAGAACGCCACCAUCGCCAAGCUGUUCAACGCCUACGACGUGCGCGAGACCUCCCACCACCUGCAGAUCGCGCACCUGGACCUGCACAUCUGCGACGACAUCCACGCCAAAGACAGAGUAAUAAACAAGAGGAUCACAGGGGGAGCUAUGCAGCUGUCCUUCAGCCUCAUCACCAUGGACUACUACCCCUUUCACAGAGCAGGUGACAGCUGCCUGCAUUGGAUGCACUACAGUGAAGCCACUAAGUCCCGGGAGAGCUGGGCCCGCAACCUGCUGGACGAGUUCAAGGCCAAUGUGGAAAUGCUGAAGAGUGCAGUGAAGGACCACCAGUCCACCACCUCACCUCCACAGGGCUCACCUCAGCACGGAAAGAUCUCCACCACCACUACCAGCACCUUCUCCACCCCCGCCCAGACCCCCAAGACCCAGCUCAUGUCCAGCUCCAUCGUCCUGAGGAUGGCCGAUUUCAGCAUCUACCAGGUGUCCACAGCGGAGCAGCGUCGCUCCAGCCCCAAGGCCAUGAUCUCCUGCAACAAGAAGUCUCUGUACCUGCCCCAGGAGAUGCCCGCCAUCCACGUGGAGUUCACAGAGUACUACUUCCCUGAUGGCAAGGACUACCCCAUCCCCUGCCCUAACCUGUACGUGCAGCUGAACGCCCUGCAGCUGGUGCUGGACCCGCGCAGCCUGAUCUGGCUGAACCAGUUUGCGCUGGACCUGCGGCAGAGCCUUGAGCAGUUCAUGGAGCUGUACAAGCUGAACGACUCCCAGAAGCCCGACGAGCACGUGGACAUCAGGGUGGACGGACUCAUGCUGAAGCUGGUGGUACCCACGGAACAGGAGCUGUCGGGCCACCCGGACCUGCCCCGCUCCGUGUCCAUCCAGACGUCGGAGAUGGUGGCCACCAACACGCGCCACUCCACAGGCUGCACGCGGUCCAGCCUGGAGGCGCUGCUGCAGGACUUCCAGCAGGAGGCGCUGUUCAGCCGGGGCGGCAGCGGCGGCGGGGGCAGCGGCUUCUCCGUCCUGCACCCGGUCUUCCAGCGGCACGCCCACGAGCAGGACACCCGCCUGCACGACGUCUACCGCGGCCUGGUGGCGCCGGCGCUCGCCGCCGACGCCCUCAAGACGCCGGCCGCCACCGACCUGUGGGCGCUGCACUUCUCGCAGUUCUGGGUGGACUACGAGGGCAUGCGGAGCGGGCGGGGCCGGCCCGUGCCCUGCGUCGACUCCUUCCCGCUCACCGUGUGGGCGUGCCAGCCGGCGCGCUACGCCCAGCACCAGGAGCGGCUGCGGGCGGCGAGCCGGGCGGCGGCGCUGGCGCCCCCCGCGGGCGUCCCCCGCAGCGAGUCGGCGGAGACCGCCAGCCGGCUGCAGCGUAAGAGGCUGCUGAAGGAGUACUACAGCGCCGACGCGCCGCCCGGGCCCAACGGCAUCCGCAAGCCGCGCUCGCUGGACAGCCUCCCCGCCUCCGGCCCCGCCCCCGGCCCCGCCCCCUCCCCCGCCUCCUCUUCCCCCUCCUCGUCGCCCGCCGACGCUGACGUGCAGGUGCUGGUGCACGUGCAGAAGCACCUGGGCGUGCAGGUGAGCCACCAGCAGUACAUCUUCCUGCUGCGGCUGCAGCAGUCCGUCAAGAGCCUGCAGCAGACGCUGCAGCAGGAUGUGGAGCAGGCGGGGGCCAGGAGGCCCGAGCGGGAGCGGCAGGACCGCGACCGCCCCCGCGCCCGGCCCUUCGGCAUGUGCCUCGGGAUCCUGCUGAAGAGUGCCGAGGUGGCCCUGCUCCUGCGCCCCGUCCCGCAGCCUGACGCCACCCCGACGGGCAACGCCAGCCCCCUGGGGUCGGACCUGUCCCCCUCGGAGAGCCGGGGCACGCUGGAGGGGGUGGGGGCGGGGGCGGGGGCGGCGGCCGUCCCCAGCUCCGUGGACGAGCUGCUGUGCGAGGGAGGGCCGCUGCAGGGCCCCGCCCCCCUGUGCCCCGCCUCCUCCUCUUCCCCCGACGGGCCCCUCGGGGCCUCCCUGGAGAAGUCGGACGGGGAGGAGAGCGUGGGGGCCGAGGCUGCUGGGAGGCAGCCCUCGGAGGAGAAGCAGGACUUUGGGGAGGGGCCCCUGGACCCCCCCUCUGGGACAGAUGGGGGACGUGAGGAGCAGGAGCCCGCUGUAGACCUCGGGCUGCAGCAGAAGGGGGUGACAGUAGACCCCCUUUCUGACCCGGUCUGUAAAGACAUGGCCGACAGCAAAGACAAGCCUCCAGGAGCCAGAAUGCCCCAGUCUGUGUCAAGCGGACGGCUCCUGAGGGACAGGUCUCAGUCCAGCUUCUCUGUGUCCUACAAGAACCUGAAGAAGAGUCCCUCGCUCCGCUCCCUGGACGACAUCUCCAUCGACAGCUACCUGCUGGAGGACUGCGACACCUACAGCCUCCAGGACAGAGACGGGGUCGGGGACGACAUCUCGAUAUCGGGGUUCAAGGACGUGCCGAGCGAUCAAAGCGGAGCGGAGAGUGCGAACGAGGCCCUGGGACAGAACACGGAUGGAGGCGUCUCUCCUGACACCGUCAGCGCCACCUCUCAGAGCAUUGACGAGCCCACCAAAGACCUGGUGUCGGUGCUGGUGCUGAAGGUCCACUCUGUGUGCGGCCAGCUGGACGUUCAGGGGGACAACGCGGCCGUGUCGCUGCAGGUCGGCCAGGUGGUGCCGACCCAGCUGGGUAACGUCAGCGUGCGGCAGUACCUGAGCAACCGGAGCCUGGGUGCCGGCCCGGGCGUGGCCUGGGUGGACAGGAAGCCGUGCCCGGAGGUGCAGGUGAGGCUGGAGAGCGGGCCCCGGGCGGCGGCGCACUCGCCCCUGGCGGCGCACAGCGGCUUCCUGCAGUGCCGGCUGCAGGACUUCAGCGCUGACUUCCUCAUGUCCUCCCUGCGCAACCUGGGCCACUUCCUGCAGGACGACUCCGCCUCCCAGGUCCUGCCAAUGAGGAUCAACGUCAGGGACACGCACGUCAACCUGAAGGACGACGGUCCCCGUGACAACCCCUCGGACCCAGAGCCGACGCCCAUCACCCUGCACAUCGACAACCUGCUGAUUCACCGGCAGGACGACGGCUCCUUCUGCAUAGGGGUGACCCAGGCCCCGGGGGCGGAGCCUGAGAGGGAGAAGCACACGGAGGACGUCAAGGAGGCCCAGCUGAGCUCCGUGCCCGAGAUGCCCCCCAGGGGGGCGAGCAGCGUGUCCCAGUCGACGCAGACGUCUCCUCCUCCACCCCCCGUCCCCACCCCAUCCAGCAAAGAGCAGCAGCUGAUCGAGGAGAACGAGUGUCUGAAACUGGAGCUCUCCAAAGCCAAGAUGGCGCUGGCCGAGGCCCAGAUGGAGAAGGACUCGCUGCUGCACCGCAUGAAGAGUCUGAGACUGGCCCCUGGAGGCAGCAACUGAGCACCGGGCAGCCGGAGGCCCACCACCAGGGGCCGCAGCCGGGGACCGGCCUGAGCCCUCCCUGUCACCCGGGACGUCCCCGAACAACCAGGAGCCGCCAAUCAAACGCAGAAUCCCGCUGCGGUUCAGCCACGGUCCAGCACGGUUCAACCGCGGUCUGCCCGAGACCGGGAAACCAAGCAUGAGACUGUCAGAGGUGGCGGUGUCACUCGUUUAAUCUCUUGCUUUUUUUUUAUAUACACGUAUUACGUUUUUUUGCAGUAUAGGGAUGUCUGUGCGAGUGCUGGGACUUUUUUUUUCAAAACCGCUGCUGCCCCCUUGUGUUUGGGAGGAGUAGGCCGAGACUCGGCGCCUGCAGGGGGGCCAGGAGGGGUUGACGGGGUGGGUGAACUCUUCGCGUUUUGGGAGAGGCGGACACCACUGUCAUACCUGUGUAGUGUCUAAUCACAUGGGUGGGUUAUGUGGUGACACGGAAUGUCUUAAUUUCUUAAAGGAGACAAUUUGCACUGUACUAAAUGUAUCAUGUAUUAUUGUUUUUUAAGUAUUUAGCUCUUAAUGAAUUGCGCUUCAAGUAUGAGUGGUAGUGUAUUAAUGGGCAGUCUGUGCUCCAGAAAGGUCUCAUAGUUCUGAGUGCUAGGUGCUAGGCAGUGUAUUUGCUUGCGUGCGUGCACGCCCGCGUGUUUGUGUGUGUGUGGAGACACGUAGUUCUAACAGACAUUUCAAUACAUUAACAGACACAAGACUGGGUUCAUUUCUUUACAUUAAUACACAAAAUGGAAUUAAUUUCCUUACGUCAAUACAUGAGAUGGGAUUCCCUCCAUAGUAUCACAGAUCCAAACCUUUAUCAUUUUCAUUUUAUACAUUAAUACAGAAAUUAGUGCCCCCAAAAAGUGAGGUUUCCCUCCAAUACCAAGUCACCCUCAUCUCUAUGCUAUUUUUGUAAGUGUACAUAGACAUAGAUUUAUCAGUGCAGCACCUUUUUAUCUGAACUGCUGUAAAUAUAACUGCUCGGUGAUGGAAAUCCUGUCAAUGGGGACAGAGAAUACUGGCGUGUGCUGUCAGUCCUCCAGUGAGGAGAGAGAAUACUGGAGUGUGCUAUCAGUCCUCCAAUGAGGAGUGAGAAUAAUGGCAUGUGGUAUCCAAUCCUUCAAGGAGGAGAAAGAAUACUGGAGUGUACUAUCAGUAGUCCUCCAAUACGGAGAGAGGACACUGGCAUCUGCUGUCAGCUCCUCCAAUAAGGAGAGAACACUGACCGAUGUCUCUGCAUUUAUAUAUUUCUAUAACUCUUGUAUAUAUGCGUUAUUAUGUGUAUAGUUUUUCACAGACAGAAGUGCAGUCUAUGCACGGCUGUCCUGUGUAUAAGGUAUAGCGGGAUCUAUAGUGUACGCACUUCACUUAUAGAAUGGAACACAGGAAGUUAGCUGUUUUUUGUUGUUUUUUUUUUACAUAUGAUGAUGAAUCUAAGGAGAUGGUUUGGCCGUAGAUUGUGAUUGAAGGUUGUUUUUUUUUUAAUUCUUAAACGCUAAUACAAAAGCAAUUAGCUUCAACAUUACUGAUCCCUGUACUUGAAGAGUGGCCAUGCUACCGCUCUGGUGCCUGCGGACGCUCACACAAACCCACAGGAACCCUACACAUUACGCAUUACACCCCCUGGUAUAGCCUGACCAUGUGCACAGUAGUGUAACACACUAUGUUUGGUAGAUUAUCACUGGGGUGUAGCAGGACAGUAGGCUCAAUAGAGGGAUUGCCCUGGUGAAGCAGGACAUGGUGCAGAGAAGGAGCUGUCCCCAGGUCAGUGAUGCAGUAUUUAAAGUCUGAGGAGGAGUUGCACAUCUACAUCGCUGCUCUUACGUACACUCUAGGAGUCAGAACGAGGGACUGGAUCUGUUGAUUCAACCCUUGGGCACAUCGUCAGUUGCUGUGCCUGUCCUGGCAUAUACAUGUCCGGCGUUCACACGGAACGAGCGGUUUUACAGGCCGCACAGAUAUCUCCGCCUGGCCGGCAGAUGUCUGCCCGAAAGCUGU